AUGGGGAAAUUCAAUUUAGUUGUGACAAUCUUGUCAUUACUGGCGAUAUCUCAGGCUGUGCGACACGGACUGGACAUACCCAAAGGACCAUACUGCUCCAAAGUCGGAUGCUGCGAUUCAAGACAGGAUGAGUGCUCAGCGCCACUCCUAGACACCUUAUGUUAUUGUGACGAGUUCUGCGAUCGCGAUGUCUCCGAAGACUGUUGCCCUGACUUCUGGACAGUUUGCCGCCACGAAUUGCCACCACCACCCGAUCCGGCUCCAAUUAAAACCUGCCACCACGACGGAAAUUACUACCUCAAGGGAAAAGAGGUCAAAUUUAACUGCAACAUCUGCAAAUGCGAGGAAGUCAAUGGAAGGAUGGAAAUGUUGUGCGAUCAAAAUGAGUGCAUCAUCAACACGGACAUCAUGAGUUCCGUCAAUCAGUUAUCCUACGGAUGGACCGCAUCUAACCACUCUGAAUUUUGGGGAAGGACCCUCAACGACGGUAUUCGUCUUAGAUUGGGUACAUUCGAGCCCCAUCGUUUCGUCUUGAACAUGAAUCCGGUUAAGAAGAUUUACAGUUUGGAUUCGAUCCCGAAAACUUUCGAUGCUGAUGAUGUAUGGCCUGGAAAGAUUACCAGGGUCCAAGAUCAAGGCUGGUGCGGAAGCUCCUGGGCCAUAUCCACCGCCGCCGUUGCUUCCGAUAGAUUCGCCAUCAUCUCCAGAGGAUUAGAGGAGCCUCACUUGAGCGCCCAACAUCUCUUAUCUUGUAACAAUAGGGGCCAGCAGAGCUGCAACGGAGGAUACUUAGACAAGGCUUGGAUGUUCCUGAAGAAAUUCGGCGUUGUCAAUGAGGAAUGCUUGCCGUACACUGGAUCAACUGGAAAGUGCGGAAUUCCCGUCAACGGAAAUCUCCUUACAGCAAGAUGCAUUCCUCCGGAAAACAAAUAUCGCAAAGACUACUAUCGCACCGCUCCAGCUUAUCGCCUAGGAAACGAAACUGAUAUCAUGUUUGAAAUAAUGAAAUCCGGACCUGUCCAGGCCACAAUGAAAGUGUUCCAAGACUUCUACAUGUACAAAGGAGGCAUUUACAAGAACACUCAUCUUGGUGAAUCUCACAGGACUGGUUACCAUUCGGUGAGGAUCGUCGGUUGGGGCGAGGAAAGCACUUACACCGGCCAUAAGAAAUUCUGGAAAGUGGCGAACAGCUGGGGUCACAUGUGGGGUGAGAACGGAUACUUCAAAAUCGAACGUGGAAUAAACGAAUGCGAGAUCGAGUCUUUCGUGUUGGCAGCUUGGCCGCGUAUCGCCGACAAGAGCAACAACAAACAUCGCAAACAGAACCCUUAAAAAACCGCUCUUCCUUAAAUCUUCUUAAACUGUACGAUUUAUUACAUUUAUCUCAUAGGUGCCAUGUGUUUUAGGACGCUUAGGAAAACGAUGUGUUCAUCAUUCUGUACUACCACAAAAAAAAAUGCGAAAAAAAAAACUAUAUGUUCGCUUGUUUGUAAAUACUUCUUCGUAUAGUUUCACUAAUUAUCUGCAUGAGUUCUUUAUUCUUAUCCAUACUUAAUUAUAUAUAGUUAACAUAUUAUUAUACUAUAUUUCGCAACAUGGAUUUUAAUACUAAGUUACCCCCAUGUCUUCCGUUUUUUUGUUUGU